AUGACGACAACAGCAACAAUGACGAUGAUGAUGACGACGCUCGGACUUGGCAAUGCUGUAAACACGCCAGCUACUGCCUAUUCGUACACUGCAGCACCGUCAGCAGACGUCGUCGUAACUGGAGGUCUUGAUGGACGCGUGUUCGCGGUCGACGCCUGGUCUGGCCACAUCCUGUGGUCCUUUGACUCGGGUGGUCCCAUGGUCCAUUCGACGCCGUGUCUGGAUGUGGAGCACGCUCCGAAUACGACGCCAGACGUGACGCCGACUACGUACCAAGCAACAGCUAAAGAGCCACGGGAAGCCACACAGGAAGACGUGGACGUCAAUGGAAAUGUUCACGUGACAAGUGCUCGGGCAGGGCAUUCCGCGGCUGUGCAGGAGCGCUCGGUGACGAGGCAGCAGCAGCAGCAGAUGGAACUGACGACAGCGCUGGCAGCGCGUACUGCCAUGUUUAUGUCCCAACUCGUGCCGUCGUACGAUGGCAGAUUGUAUCAUGUGUCGAAGGGCAAGGUGCAAGAGCUGGGGAUGACUAUGGCUGACAUUGUUCAUGUGAACGGUCCUGUACGUGUGGCCGUGGAUGCUACGGUGACUGGUGAUGAACCUGCUGUGGACGUUCCAGCAGCAGAUAUUUUGAUCUUUGGCGAGAAAACGCUGGAACUGUUUACACUGGAUGCAGCUAGCGGCUCCCGUCGCGCUUAUUUGUCAUCAUCCACGGCAUCAAUAGCGGUGUCUAGUGAUGUCUUGUUUGGCCGCUCGGAUUUUACCACGCGAGCUGUUCAUUCCCGUAAUGCUUCAGCUGCUCGAUGUUUCAAAAUCUCAGAGUUCUUUUUGGACUUUGCACAGCAGGCACAUUGUCCGGUCGGAGACAGCGGUCAUAAGAUGGCUCCCGAAAUUCUUGUACUGCCGAAGGAUUAUGACGCAGCAUCAGCGAACACGAGUUCCACCAUUAUUGCGUUUGAUCCCUGGACAAAAAAGCAGCUAUGGGAAUUCGAGAUUCCCGACUUCGAUGUUCUGGCCGUAUAUGGAGUAUCGACGAUGCGUGGGUCAACGUUUUACAAGUGGAAGGUGGACGGUCCAUCGUCAUCGCGACGUGUCCGGACUCCAGCGCAAAUGACCGCAGAGGAUUGGCAUCGCCGUCGAUACUCGAUUGAUUCCACACAAUCAGCGACUAUCGUGAAGCAGGAACAGGAAAUCGAGAAUUUGUCGACGGAGCGCCAAUUGGUGCGAGUGCUUCCAAGCACAUGGGAUACAGUGGGUGCACGAUUCCGAAUGCGCUUAAUAGGAGGUGAUUACUUUUUCGAAGUGAGUGAGAACGAUGGUGAUGUGGUCACCAAACGCGGCAACCGUCCGCCUGUAUCCCACAGCAAACAAACAGGCGACACUUAUGACUAUGAUGGGGAGGAGAUAGAGUCAUUCGGCAGUCGACGAGCAUUAUGGGAGCCUAUUAUUAAUGGUGGUAAGCAAGGUGUGUUUAUCACGUACACGCACGCAGUAGUCAUGCUAUUAGGUGUGGCUGCGUGUGGCAUCUUGCUAGCGUGGGGGUGUUAUUUCAAGGGACUAUCAGCUUCUUUAGCGCAAUCUGCUAUUAAAACCUUGGACCAGAGCCAGUUUUUUACGUCUCAUGUGCACCGACUCAUCAUACAGCGCCCAGGGGAAGAAGACAUGACUAUUUCAAGUGUGAUCAGCCACUCGCUAUUGAUAAACACUCUGGGCGGGAAUAGCCAGGUGCCACUGUUGGAGAAUGGUGAUGUCGCGCGACCAGGAGCUGGCGCUAAGGGUGUUGCCGCAACUGAAGCCAUGCUUAUGGAAAGGUUUUCGCGCGCUGCGGCUAAUGAAUCUGCAGCAAUUCUUCUUAGUGGUCGAUACGUCAGCAGGAAGCAAAAAUUGCUGAUGGACGAUUUCUACAUGGAUGGUAUUGUAAGUGUAGCUGCGCCUUCGUACUCUGCGACGCAAUUGACUGAUACAGUCAUUGAAGAUGUAUCGAUGGGAUCCCCUGCCGUUCCCGUUUUUAGCCAGGGAUCUAGAUUUACAUGCAGCAGGGAAUCCCCCCUGUUUGCUGAAGCAGAUCGUGUGUCCAAAGAAGAUGACGACGAUUCGGACACUUGCAAAGUGCUGCCGUCUGCGGUUGACGAGGAUGUCGAUGUCGAAUUCUUAGCCAUCGAUCACGUGCUUCAGAACGACUCCUUCAAGCCGACGGAUUUAGAGAAGGACACGUUUUAUACCGGUACCGACUCUGCAAGAGUCAUGAGCGGCCCAAAGUCGAUCAGCUCAUCUGGAGAAUCAACAAUGGGAAGCUGCUGUAGCAACAGCGACAGUGACAGCAGUCAUCAGUCGAGUGGAGGCGGUGGUACGCGAUGUGUGCGAGGCAAUCAAACUGGUAUGGAUGAAAGGCAAAGCGUGGACCAGUCCAGUGUUCGAGGGUCAUCGCAAUCAUCCUCGUGUGAAUCCGAGGCUUCCUCGAAUGAGGCAGAAGUUCUUUUUCCGUUUGUGUGUCAAAGCCGUUUUGUGAACGAGUUUGAAGAGCUGUCAGCAAUUGGCAAGGGUGGCUUUGGUCAAGUUAUGCUCGCUGAAAAUCGCUUAGAUGGACGCGAAUAUGCAAUCAAGCGAGUUGGAUUGAACUUGAAACACCAGACAUCCAAGACUUUGCAGAAGUUUUUACGUGAAGUAAAGAUUCUUGCGCUGUUGGACCACCCUAACAUUGUUCGGUACUAUCAGGCAUGGCUAGAAAAGGUUGAGGAGAGCACAAAUGGAACGUCGGUAGCAUCGUCGUUAGUUGCCUCAGACAUGAGCUCAGUUGGUGGACUCGCUGCUGCGGCAAAUUACUCAACAAAUAAUCUUCUCGCACCGAUCUCAGAGCUUGAGUUUCCAGGAGACCGACGCGACCUCGAGAGCUUCUACAGCAAUGGAAGCGUGAUCAGUGACAAUGCCGAUGAUGGUGGGUUUGUCUGGGAACGUGAGACGUCUAGUAUGGAAGGUGAGGAUGGCUGGAAGGAAGAAGAUUUGGUCGUGCAAAACAAGCCACGCAUGAGCCACUUGCCUCCCCGUGUGUCUUCGUCUUGCGCACCGGCUGCUCAUGGUAGCGACGAGGACUCUUCAUGUAACGCAGCAGAAAAAUGUGAUCACUGGCUGUACAUUCAGAUGCAGUACUGUGCUGGCCGCAAUUUGGCGGACUAUCUGGCUGUUCCGACUCGGCCAAUGGAACUGUCGAGAAUGCUCAAGAUUUUUGUGCAGAUUGCAAGUGCACUGAUGCACGUACAUUCUUGUGGACUGAUUCAUCGUGAUUUGAAGCCAGCAAAUAUUUUCGUUGCUGACGUAGAGAGAGACGAGAUUAAGUUGGGGGAUUUUGGCUUAUCGCGCUACGCUGCGAAUGCAAGCAGCCUGAAUGCCUCGGCAAGUCUUGAUGAUCCCCAACAAGGGUAUCUUUCCAAUGGUGUGCGGGACACUCCUCUAUCUGUGUCGGUGUGGUCGAACAUGUCGGAGAGUACUGAGGUGACUGCGGGUGUUGGCACGUAUCUCUAUGCAAGCCCAGAACAAGUAGCGGGGAAAAAGUACAACGCGAAGACGGACAUUUACUCAUUGGGGAUGAUUCUCUUUGAGCUGUGCCACGAGCGCUUUGGAACGACAAUGGAGCGAUACAUCACUCUCCGUGAUGCCCGAGACAGUAAGUUCCCUGCUGAUCUCCGCGCGACAAAGCGAUGUCCUGAAAUCUUAGACAUGCUCAGCAAGUUAUUAAGCCACGACCCGACGGCACGGCCAACAGCUAAUGAAGUUGUGCAGUGGGGACAGAUGAUGUAUGAAACGAGCCUUGCUCAGAAAGCUAUGGAUGUUGUGCGGUCGCCGCGCAACUUAGGCAUAAUUCGAGCUGCAGCUGGUGCAAGCUUUUUUGUGCCGGGUAUUGAUCACUUCAUGGUUGGCAUCGGCGAAACAGUGGUUACGACCACGUUUUGUCUGAAGGUGGAGGCUGCAAUGGAACAUUGCAGUGGUGAAGACGGUGGCGAGCGUCGUUUGCCAAACCAUGACUUAUUGAAGCAAAUAUGCGAUGUGAUUGCCGGGGUUCACGAUGGGAAGGUUGAGAUCAAGAAGUGUGGAUUGCACAUGGAGAAUGAGGGCGUGACGAUUCUCGCGUUUGAGUUGGACCCACAGAGUGCUCUUGCCGUUGCGCCUGGCAGUGACGUGGAAGGCUCCGUGGUUUUGGCGAUCGAAGCCCUCGCUGGAGUGCAAACGGUGCAUCGUGUGAGCAAGAUUGAUUGA